AUGUCAUCAGCUUAUGCAACAUUAUUAGUUGGUCCAAGCUAUGUUCCAGGUGUAUUAACAUUGGGUAAAAAAUUAAAGAAUCUAAAAACAAAACAUAAACUUAUAAUAUUAUUAGAUACUUCAUCAAUUGAACCAGAAUUCAAACAAUUGAUAGAAGAAAUAUAUGAUGAAAUUAUUCCAAUAAAUGAUCAAAUUAUAAAAUCUCCAUUAGCUAAAUUAAAACAAGAAUUAAAUAGACAAGAACUUUCAGUUACUUUUAGUAAAUUAUUAUUAUGGAAUUUAAUUGACUAUGAUGAUAUAGUAUACCUUGAUUCUGAUAUUUUACCACUAAAGAAUUUUGAUGAAAUUUUUGAAAAUUUCGAAAUUAGUGCUGAUGAAAUUGCUGCUUCUCCAGAUUCCGGAUGGCCAGAUAUCUUUAAUUCAGGAUUAUUUAAAUUGAAACCAAACAAACAAACAUUUGAUAAAUUAAUAGAAUUUGCAUCAAAGGGUUCCGAUUCAACUUUCGAUGGAGCUGAUCAAGGAUUAUUAAAUGAAUUUUUCACCGAAUGGAAAAAAAUACCAUAUUUAUAUAAUGUUACACCAAAUUAUAGGAAUGAUUAUCAAUAUUUACCAGCAUUCAAAAAAUAUUUUCAUAAUAUUAAAAAUUUACAUUAUAUUGGUCAUCAAAAGCCAUGGCAUUAUGAAAACAUUUUAAGUAGUGAUUUAUCUAAUUUUCAUCAAUUUUGGUGGGAUGAUUUUAAUAAAUUCUUUGGUGAUGAUCAAUCACUAAAAUUUAAGAUCUUGAAUUUACCUCGUGGUGAAGCUUCGAAUUUAAAAUUCGAAAAAAUUCAAAAUUUAGAUAAGAAAUUAGAAGGUGAAGAUAUUUUGAAAGAUGAUUUAAAAGAAUUGAAAUUAGGACAAGAAGAAGAAAGUGUGGAUGAUGAUAUUGCAAAUGAAGAAAUUGAACAAAAAGUAUUUCCUUGGGAAUAUCGUGAAAGAAAACCUCCUUCAAGAGUUUUUGAAGAUUAG